UCUCUGUGUCCCGGCCCUCUGAUCCGUCACGCACCGGCACAGUUUCCUUCCACCUCUAGCUCCGGCCACGUUCUUCCCCUUCCGAUCGCCGGAACUAUGGUAUCAACUACUAACUAGUGAUCGUCAACGUUUAUCUAUUUGGUUUUUUCGUCGAAAUGAACUUUAUUGGUGGAUUGGACAUAUUUCCUGUGCAUAUAGCUGGAAAAAGUAGUUGGCAGAAUUUAAUUGGAUCUGAAAUUCCUGAUUGGAAGCUUAUUUGUUCUCCCUUUUCCAGAAGAGUAAAGUUAAUGCAUGGCAUUAUUAUUUGCCAGCAAGAAAAUUUUCCUUUGCCAUAUGUUUUUACAUUUUUUUUAAUACGACUGCCUUGGAAGUGAGUGACAGAGUAAUAGUAAGCACGAAAUCAUUUGGGAUGAAUAAUUGCAAUCAUCAAUAGCUAUGUGCCACUAUUGGGAUUAUGAAUGAUUCCAGCCUGCGGACUGCCUGUAUAAGGAUUCAUUCAUCGCUCCUCUAUAAAACGCGUUGAAUUGCAKAAGUAUUAUAAACCGAGUGGCUGCGAUGGGAUUGUAUUGUCCAAUAUAGGUUUGAGGGUGCUUGCACUUUAUUCGCAGAUCAAGUUCUUGUCUUUCUGGUUCCCUCCGUAUGAUUCGCCACUAAGAGGAAAGAACAAACGAAAAACGAGUCAUGGCAUCAAGAUCGUCCUCAAACUUUUUAGACCUGGCUUCGGGAGAUUUACUGGAUGUUCCUCGUACACCUAGGUCCCUGCCACGAGUAAUGACUGUUCCCGGAAUUAUUUCUGAAUUGGAUGAUUAUGGGAGCAACGACGGAGAUUCGGAGUCUUCAUCUGUAUACCGUGAGCGGAAGAUUAUAGUUGCAAAUAUGUUGCCCUUGCAAGCUAAAAAAGAUGGGCAGUCUGGCAAAUGGUGCUUCAGUUUAGACGAGGAUUCAAUUCUAUUGCAGGCAAAGGAUGGGUUUUCACCUGAGACAGAGGUUAUAUACGUAGGUUCCCUCAAAGUUGAAAUCGAUGCCAGCGAACAGGAAGAGGUUGCUCAGAAGCUGUUCGACAAUUUUCAGUGUGUACCUACAUUUCUACCUUAUGAUCUCCAGAAGAAAUUCUAUCUUGGGUUCUGCAAACAGCAGCUAUGGCCCUUAUUCCAUUACAUGCUACCCAUGUGCCCAGAACACGGUGACCGCUUCGAUCGGCUGCUUUGGCAAGCCUAUGUUUCUGCAAAUAAGAUAUUUGCUGACAAGGUAAUGGAGAUCAUCAAUCCUGAGGAAGAUUCUGUUUGGGUUCAGGAUUAUCAUUUAAUGGUUCUUCCGACGUUUUUGAGGAAGCGCUACAAUCGAGUUAAACUUGGAUUUUUCCUGCAUAGCCCAUUUCCGUCAUCAGAAAUAUACCGUACUUUACCAGUUCGAGAUGAGAUUCUCCGUGGCCUGCUAAAUUGUGAUUUAGUUGGUUUUCAUACGUUUGAUUAUGCUCGUCACUUCCUCUCUUGCUGUAGCAGAAUGUUGGGCCUGGACUAUGAAUCUAAGCGGGGACAUAUUGGACUAGAUUAUUUUGGCCGCACCGUAUAUAUCAAAAUUCUGCCUGUGGGCAUUCACAUGGGUAGGCUAGAAUCAGUGAUGAAUCUUCCAUCUACAUCUGCUAAAGCCAGAGAAAUUCGAGAUCAGUUCAUGGGGAAGAAAUUAAUUCUUGGUAUUGAUGACAUGGAUAUUUUUAAGGGUAUAAGCCUGAAGCUGCUCGCCGUUGAACAGCUUUUACGGCAGCAUCCUGAGUUGCGGGGCAAAAUAGUCCUGGUUCAAAUAGUGAACCCUGCAAGGGGUUCAGGGAAAGAUGUACAUGAAGCUCAGAAGGAAACGUACUUAGCUGCUGAAAGGAUCAAUGAAGCUUAUGGUUCAAAUAACUACAAACCAGUAAUUCUGAUUGAUCGCCCCGUUCCACGUUUUGAGAAGACUGCUUAUUAUGCUUUAGCAGAAUGCUGCAUAGUGAGUGCUGUAAGGGAUGGUAUGAAUUUGGUUCCAUAUAAGUAUGUUGUUUGCAGGCAAGGAACUCCCCAUAUGGAUGAGGCUAUGGGCAUAGAAGUUGGUUCUCCUCGGACGAGCAUGCUUGUAGUGUCUGAAUUUAUUGGCUGCUCGCCUUCUUUAAGUGGGGCUAUCAGGGUUAACCCUUGGGAUAUUGAUGCUGUUGCCGAUGCCUUGGAACUGGCCAUAACCAUGCAGGAGUCAGAGAAGCAGUUGCGGCACGAGAAACAUUAUCGAUAUGUCAGUUCCCAUGAUGUAGGAUAUUGGUCUCGCAGUUUUAUGCAAGAUUUAGAGAGAGCAUGUCUAGAUCACUACAGUAAACGGUGCUGGGGAAUUGGGUUGGGUCUGCGUUUUAGAGUUGUUUCUCUUUCUCCUGGCUUUAGAAAGUUAUCAAUUGAUCACAUUGUCUCAGCUUAUAAAAGAACACAUAGAAGGGCGAUAUUUUUGGAUUACGAUGGCACUAUUAUCUCACAAAGCUCUAUAAUUAAGACACCAAGCCCUGAAGUUAUCUCUGUUUUGACCACGCUUUGCAAUGACCCGUGUAACACCGUGUUCAUUGUUAGUGGGAGGGGAAGAAGUUCUUUAGGUCAGUGGUUUGCCUCUUGUGAGAUGUUGGGACUUGCAGCAGAACAUGGGUACUUUAUAAGGUGGGGUGGAACUUCAGAAUGGGAACUCAGUCCGUUGUCUUCUGAUCUGGAUUGGAUUAAGAUUGUAGAGCCAGUGAUGAGACUAUAUACGGAAGCAACAGAUGGCUCGUGCAUAGAAACCAAAGAGAGUGCUCUAGUCUGGCAUCAUCAAGAUGCUGAUUCCGACUUCGGAUCCUGUCAAGCUAAGGAAUUGCUGGACCAUCUAGAAAACGUACUUGCCAACGAUCCAGUCGUCGUUAAAAGGGGCCAGCAUAUUGUUGAAGUGAAGCCACAGGGAGUAAGCAAAGGGUUGGUCGCAGAAAAGGUUCUCUCGAGAAUGGUGAAUAGUGGAAGACCACCUGAUUUCGUUAUGUGCAUUGGAGAUGAUAGAUCAGAUGAAGAUAUGUUUGAAAGCAUAUUAAGCACAGUCUCUAGUCCAUCCUUGCCUUCCGCUCCAGAAAUUUUUGCCUGCACUGUUGGGCGAAAGCCAAGCAAGGCGAAGUUUUACCUCGAUGAUACUUCCGACGUCGUGAAAUUGCUGCAAGGCCUUGCCUUUUCUUCACGUCCGAGACCUCGGCAUCUACCACAAAUGCGAGUUUCUUUUGAGAGUGUUUUUUGAAUCUUGAAAUAGUUGGUGGCAGAGAGAAGAUGUUUUCCAUUACUGGAGUGCUUGAACAGAGGAUUGGGUUGAAACCGUACGAGUUGGAGGUUGUGAAGUCACCUGGCACGGAAGAUCAAUUCGCUGAAUCCACACGAAUGGUUGCUUCUUUCAUAGAAUUGCGUUUGGAGUCUGGUUAUGGGCAAGAAUUUGAUGAUGCACGGAUCCUGUCACCUUUUGGUGAUGCAGUUUUCUGCUCUUGAGCCGGUUUGAUUAACUUGAAAAAUGAUAUUGGUGUAUUCAUCAAUAUCCUUGAGAACUAGAGUUUCGUUUUGUAUAUAAUAACAUCAUUUAUAACUAACUGACGCCCACUAAAAUUGUCCUCUUCUCGAGAUGUCAAUAGUGGCUUGUUUUAUACAUUAGGGGGCUCCAUUAACUUGUGUAUAGGAAGAACUCUUUCUUGGCCGCAUUGCAUAAAGUAUGAAUGAAUUUGAUGCUCAUUCUUUUUUGGGUGAU